AAGGAAUUGUUUCGUUCUCUUUUUAAGCCGGUUUAGAAGUUCACCAAAAGUUUAAGCCUUUCUUUCAAGUCCAAAUCGAAAAGUGUAAAGUCAAAACUUGAGUGAGCGAUUGGAGCAGGGAGCCGUUUGAAGAAGGCAGGGCCAGGGAGUCCAUCUUUACUCGAUUCGGCAACAGUUGUUAACCUUACCGUUGUUCGAGUCGGAUUGUAAAACAAGGGGAAUAAAAGUUCGGCUGUUAAUUAAAAUAAGUGAGCCGGGUGCGCGUGUGUGUCCUGAAGAAGUGAAUCAGGUCGCGAAGAGACGGGAAAAGGCGAUCCUCGCGUAUUCGAGCCUUUUUGGAGAGGAGGAUCCACCAGGAGAAAAGAGGGCGUUCGAAGUGUCGAAAUGGUCUCUCUUCCGAGGAGAAUAAUAAAAGAGACGCAGCGCCUCCUCCAGGAGCCGGUGCCCGGGAUCAGUGCUGUCCCGGACGACAGCAACGCCCGCUAUUUCCACGUUAUCGUCACCGGGCCGGACGACUCGCCGUUCGAGGGCGGCCUCUUCAAGUUGGAGCUCUUCCUCCCCGAAGACUACCCCAUGUCGGCGCCCAAGGUGCGCUUCGUCACGAAGAUCUACCACCCGAACAUAGACAGGCUCGGCAGGAUUUGCCUAGACAUCCUUAAGGACAAGUGGAGCCCCGCUCUGCAGAUCCGCACGGUCUUGCUCUCGAUUCAGGCUCUCCUCAGCGCCCCCAACCCGGACGACCCUCUGGCCAACGACGUCGCUGAGUUGUGGAAGGUCGACGAAGCCGAAGCCAUACGCAACGCAAAGGAAUGGACUCGCCGCUAUGCCAUGGAAAACUAAUACAUCUCUUACAACAACAACAAAUCAAUCGAAAAAUCACUUCAAAACAGAAGAGGACAUUCAUUAUUAUACAUAAUGUGAUAUACAUAAUAUAAUUAUAUAUUUAUACCGUACAUUAAAUUUACUCCCCUUCCUCUGCAGCAUAAAUACCCCAUGAAAACCAAUAGCCAACCAUGAAAAGAUCUCUUCUUGAAAACACUUCUAUACGAGAGUGAGUUAGCAAAGUCGAGUUCUCAUAUUUUGUUCUUUUUUUUAGCUCACGGCAUACUUUGCAUACACAGUAGUACGGUGUGCACUUGAAAAAAUGGAAACUCGUCCCAGAAUUGUGCGAUUGGAUGCCGUUAUUAUUAUAAUUAACAUUAUGAUAUAUAUUUUUUUUGAGCCAAACAAUUUUCGUAAAAGUAGAACAUACGUUUGUUGUAUUUAAAAUAUCAAUGUGUGAAAGAAAUUUUAUCCAGGAAAAAUUGAUAUACGAGGAAAUGUGUACGAUAUGCAUUCUCAGAAAUAUAAUUUGUUAUCGUAA